ACCAGCGUACCCGCCAACAAAAUCCCAUAGGAAAGCGCGUCUAAGAACGACUUCGUCCGUCCUGACUCCUCACGCCAACACUCACAAGUCAGUCCCUCCAGAGCUCCUCUCUGCAUCGCAAAGAAACCCGAAAGCGGACGGCGUCUUCCUAUAGCACCCCAACAACUGCAACCAACGUUCGUCGCAAUGGACCCAACGACCCGCACUCAGCAACCAUCCGUGACGGGAACGUCAGUGCUGGGAAUCAAAUUCAAAGAUGGCAUCAUGCUUGCGGCAGAUACGCUUGCAUCAUACGGCUCCAUGGCCAGGUUCCGCGACGUGGAGCGUUUGAUCAAGGCCGGGAAUACUACGAUCAUUGGUGCUUCGGGCGAUAUCUCUGACUUCCAAUACAUCACCCACUUGUUGGAAAAGAUUCUCAUCAAGGAAGCAAACACGGACGAUGGCCACCAACUGUACGCGCGCCACAUCCAUGAAUACCUUUCUCGUCUCAUGUAUGGACGGCGAUCGAAGCAGAACCCCCUAUGGAACUCCUUGGUCAUUGGUGGCCACAGAGACAAAGACGGCGGCUUCUUCCUGGGCUUCGUUGACCUCCAAGGCACAACCUACGAAUCACCUACCAUUGCGACAGGGUACGGAGCAUACAUUGCCCAACCAUUGCUACGGAAUGCGAUUGAGAAGGUUGGUGGAGAGCAAAACCUAACCGAACAAGACGCGGAAAAGGUCCUCGAUGACUGCAUGAGGGUGCUGUUCUACAGAGAUGCGAGAUCGCUGAACAAGAUACAACGCGCUACGAUCACCAACGCAGGCAUCACAAUCACGGACCCAUAUGAACUUGAGACUGAGUGGGCGUUUGCGGAAGGCAUCCGUGGUUACGGUGCAACCGAUUAGGCCUGCCCCAGCUUCAUAUGUAUAAUAUCCAUUUUUGACUGAAGAGCUUGUGCAAGACAUGUAGAAUACGAAAAUGGCAUGCUUAUCGCGAUCUUCAACCAU